AGAUGUAGGCUUCUCCUUUAACAGAGCACGUCUAGUGGCUCUCUGUAUUAUACUCUCUCUCUCUCUUCAUUUUCCUUCUCCACGGACUCAUCAAGACAAUCACCGGAGUGACUGCCGCGACUACCACAGCCACCAGAAUCGCCACCACCUGAAACAGAGAGGAAAAAUUAUCUCCCCAUAAUUCGUCUAUUCCUGAUUCUAUACCCGUGCAGUGAAUCAUUCAACAACAACAAAAAAAAUUCAUUGAUUGAUUGAUCGCUCGCGUAUUGGUCGUUGAUUUGGAUCAGUAGGGUAGAUUAGUUCUUGAUUUUGUAAUCAUGGAGAUGAGGCCAAAUCCCACGGUCGAUAACUCGUCUCAGCAUCAGUAUCAAUAUCACCGCUAUGCGCCUGCUACUCCAUCGAAGCAGCCCGCUGCUCCUCCUAACCCGGUUGAUACUUCCUCCGUUUGUCAAAGGUUACAGAAGGAAUUGAUGUCUCUCAUGAUGAGUGGAGGAGAUCUUGGUGUGUCAGCAUUUCCUGAAGGCGAGUGCAUUUUCACAUGGAUUGGCACAAUUGAGGGUGGAAAGGGAACUGUGUAUGAGGGUUUGUCAUAUAAACUUUCUUUGCGUUUUCCUCUGGACUACCCCUUUAAACCACCACAAGUCAAAUUUGAGACAAAUUGCUUUCACCCAAACGUCGAUCAGUAUGGCAAUAUAUGCCUAGACAUACUCCAGGAGAAGUGGUCUUCAGCUUACGAUUGCAGAACCAUUCUUUUGUCCAUUCAGAGUCUGUUGGGAGAACCUAACCCAGACAGUCCUCUCAACAGCUAUGCUGCGAAAUUAUGGAAUCAUAAGGAAGACUACAAGAAGAUGGUCCACAAACUGUACUAUGCUGGAGAAGUAUUUGAGAGCUGAUCUGAAUUCUUAUCACAGAUAACAUCUGAAAUGUUAACUGCCAGGCCUUUUCUUCUGAUGCUUCGAGGGAAGUCUCCAAUGAGUUUGUACAUUUGUACUUCUCUCUCAAAUGAAAACUUGUCAUGUGAAACAGAUUCAUUCACAUAAUUUGUCUAUAUCUAUAUGUUUCCCUCACUCUGAUCAAAUGAUUUAGCAUUUUCUGUGUUCAACUGGAAAAUGAAAUCAUGCAAAGAGUUGUAAAUUUUUCAGAAUCAAAUGAAACUAUUUCUCACUUCAUCUGUAACUGUGGAGAGCAUUUAUAUUUGUGAUUGUGUAUGGGAUGUCCUGGCUCGAGAAACAUUAUCAGAACUGUUUGGUUA